AUGGACGUCCGCGAUGCACACCAUGUCCUUCCCGCCGACUCGUUGGCUAAACAUAUAGAGCCUUCACAGGCCCAUCAACAGGCUAUUGCUGCCCUCAAAGAUGUCGUCUUUGGCUCCUUCGCCGGCAUGGCUGGCAAGUACAUCGAGUACCCCUUCGACACUGUCAAGGUUCGCCUACAGUCUCAGCCUGACAACAUGCCCCUCCGUUACACUGGCCCCGUCGACUGCUUCCGCCAAUCCUUCCGCCGUGAUGGUCUAGCAGGUCUGUACCGCGGCAUCAGCGCUCCUCUGUUUGGAGCCGCCGUCGAGACCAGCAGUUUGUUCUUCAGCUACCAAGUUGCUCAAGACACUCUGCAAGCCACCAUCUUCAAGAACACCGACCCUCUACCGCUGCACGCUCUCAUCGGUUGCGGUGCUUUCUCUGGUGCCUUCGCCUCGCUUCUCCUCACCCCAAUCGAGCUCAUCAAGUGCAAGAUGCAAGUCCCAGUUGAGACUUCGCCAGGCGUCUUCGCUCGCCCGAACCCUCUUAGCCUUAUUUCCUCAGUAUACCGUCACCAUGGUAUCGCCGGUUUCUGGCAUGGACAGAUGGGAACCCUCAUCCGCGAAAUGGGUGGUUCGGCUGCUUGGUUCGGCGCAUACGAGGGUGUAACUCUAGCCUUCAAGAACUUGCAGAAAGAGAACAAGACAGUCGCAGACACCUCUCUGCCUAUAUACCAGCAGAUGAUUGCUGGUGCAGCUGCUGGUAUGAGCUACAACUUCCUCUUCUACCCUGCAGACACCAUCAAGUCGCGUAUGCAGACAGAAGCUGUGGGUGCUCUCCUCCCUGGUCAAAAACAAAAGACUUUUGGCUCAGUCGCUCGCGCAGUCUGGAGACAGCAUGGCCUUAAAGGCAUGUACCGUGGCUGCGGUAUCACAGUCGCUCGCUCUGCGCCCAGCUCCGCCAUCAUCUUUUCCAUUUAUGAAUAUCUCAAGAAGUCGUUUGCAUAA